AUGAUCUCCCUAAUCACCACAUGUCUUCUUUUGGCCAAUGCUGCCACUUCGCUUGCCGUAUCUGCGGACAACACCGUCAAGAUUCUUUCGCCCGCACCCGGGGCUAACUUCCAUGCCGGUGCCUCCCUGAAUGUUACUCUCCAAAUCGAGAAAGACUCAAUGAAGGGAUCCCAGCAAGUUUUGCUCGGAUUUGGCUUGAACUCUGGGGAAGCCCAACACCCUACUUCCCUGGGUGAAGUCUUCCUCGGCCUACUCAACACCACCCAAACUCCCUUCGAUGCUGAAGGCAAACUGACCUGGUCUAUGAGCAUCCCUGCUCGGGAACAAAUGAACUCGGCCGCGACUUCGUUUUCGUUGGUUGUUUCUCAGUACAUGUUUUCUGGACCUUCGCACACCCCUCAUUGCGGCCUAGUCAGCGUCCCCGUCCAAGUAUCCGCAGACCCCAAUGGCUCAGGUGCCGGCAACGGAAACUCUGCCAGUUGCCCUGCCGGCAGCAACUGCCCAACCUCGAACGACCCUUCCGCCAAGUCCGGGCCGUCUUCCCCAUCAGCUAUGAACACCACAUCGACACCCAAAUCGGUACCGGACGCAAAGGCCAACAUGACCUCUACCGAAAUCUCUGCUAAGGGCCACAACACCGGAUCAACUAUCCCUGGCACUGUGGUCAAGGGAAGUGUCCCCGAUCAGGCCACUACCCCAACAAAGACCAAUGGCACCUCUUCCCCAACAAACCCAGCCCCCAAAACCGAAAACACCACUCCUUCGAGCAAGGCUAACGGUACUAACAGCCCCCCACCGACCGACUCGGGUGCAGCUCCUCUUGCGAUUUCUACUUCUCACGUAAUCGCCGCUGUCGCCGUCAUUGCAGGUAUUUUUGCCACCGCUUAA